GUAUUUCCGCUUAGUUCAUAUCGUACUCUAACACGGAAGUCAGAGGUUCAACCAUGUCGGUGACAGGCAGCGACUACAAACGUGUGAGCCAUGUCAUAUUCGACAUGGAUGGAUUGUUACUAGACACCGAGCGACUGUACACGGUGUCCUUCCAGGCAGUGUGUGACCGCUUUGGAAAGGAAUACACAUGGGGAGUGAAGUCCAAAGUUAUGGGUGCAAAAGCUUUGGAUGCAGCUCAAUUAAUCCGAGACACUUUGGAGCUUCCUAUGUCGGCAGAGGAACUCCUCACUGAAACCAGAGAAAUACAGGAGAGGAUAUUUCCUUCAGCCAAACUCAUGCCAGGGGUGGAGAGGCUGGUGAACCAUUUGAAGAAGCAUGGUAUCCCUAUCGCCGUAGCCACCAGCUCAGCAAGUGCGACGUUCGAGUUGAAGACAAGCCAGCACAAAGAUUUCUUUGCUUUGUUCAACCACAUUGUCCGGGGAGAUGACCCUGAGGUGAAAAAUUCCAAACCCCAGCCUGACUCCUUCCUGGUCUGUGCGAGCAGAUUCAAGCCCCCGGCUUCUCCAGAUACCUGCUUGGUAUUCGAGGAUGCUCCCAACGGUGUGAGGGCGGCCUUGGCUGCGGGGAUGCAGGUGGUGAUGGUUCCCGAUGAGAACUUGGAUCCAGCUUUGACUCAGGAGGCUACACUGAAGCUUAAGAGCAUGGAGGAAUUUGAACCGCAGCUGUUUGGCUUACCGGCAUUUAUCUGAUGUUAUUGCAAAGCUUGGUGGUUUGGCACUAUCGCUUUUAUUUUAGGUCUUAUUUUAGGUAAAUGUUUCAAAGCUCUUGAACUAGGUGUUAUAUUUUACUCUCAAUGACAUUAGCCCCAAACAUCUCAAACUCAAGGUCGUCAGUUAUUUACGCAUCCAUUCCUAAACUUUUUUUGUCAUAAAAGCAUUAGACACAACUACCGUAUUUUCCGCACUAUUAGGCGCACUUAAAAACCUAAGAUUUACUCAAAAACCAAAGUGCGCCUUAUAAUGCAGAGCGCCUUAUAUGUGGAUCAAUUGAUGAGUUUGUUGAUCCAUACUGGUACACAGCGCUCUGCCAAAAGGUUUCAGUACGUUUUAGGACGACUAGUAAAUUGCAAAGUCGCAUUGCUUCCCAGCAUUACGGCAACCGUGGUCAGGGGGCGUCACUGAAUAGCUGUUGUACCCGCGAGGCUAUUUCAUUUCAAAAUAGGCUGUUCGGUUUAUGUUUUCGAGUACAUUUACGGAUCAAUAUUCAACUGAAUCAUAAAUAAGCAGCACCAAUGUGUUAAUUCAGUCUUUAGUCGGUUCAGAUCACUUUUUUGGGAGAAAGUUUGACAAACGUGAUUGUUUACUUUGCUGAGGCUCAUGGGAGUAUGCGAGCUGAGGCUCAUGGGAGUAUGCGAGCUGAGGCUCAUGGGAGUUUGCGGGUGGCUAAUGCUAUCAUGAUAGCUGCUAUACGCACAAUGCUAUUUAAUUUCAAAAUAGGCUUCUCCGUUAAUGUCUCGAAUAAAUGUACAAAUCGAUACGAAAGGGAAACAUAAGUAAUCAGUACCAAUGUGUUAGAUCGAACUUUAGUCAGUUCCGAUCACUUUUAUGGGAGAUGGUUUGUGAAACGCGAUUAUUUACAGAGGGCUCAUUGGUUAUUGGCUAGUGGAUGCAUACCGCAACCCUAGUCAACCUCAGUUUGUUGCAGCAUAGCUUCUAUUUUAUUCGCCUUUUAAUCCGGUGCAUCCUAUAUAUGAAAUCAUUUCUAAAUUAAAAAAAUCAAUGAACUUUAUGGUGCGAAAAAUAAUCUAAUCCACAGCCCCGUUAUAGCCAGGCACGGAAAUGUCACCUUUUACUCUGAUAGCUAAACCAAAUCCUUGAAUCAGACAUUAUUGUUGAAAAUUUCCUUUCUUUAAAAACAAAUGCUUGUAUACAACUAGUUGGGACUCUGAAGUUUCUGUCAAGUGUGACCACCUAUGAAAUGCCAAAUUAAACCAAGCCAACCUCA